UUUUGUAGUCUGUGCAGUGUGCAGUUCUUAGUUGUCAAUUCAAUAUUUAAUUGCGCUUCGUACGCCUUGAAGCGUUUUUAUAUAAAUAAAAUAAAUACUUUAUAGUUUUUAAUAAUAUUGUCAUAAUGGAUGUCUUUUUAAUGAUUAGGCGAAAAAAAUUGACCAUCUUUACGGACGCCAAGGACACGACAACUGUUUUAGAAUUGAAGAAAAUGAUUGAAGGAAUCCUCAAAGUACCACCACCAAGUCAGAUGCUUUUCAACAAGGACAGCCAGCUAAUGGAAGAUGAGAAGACCCUCGCUGAAUAUGGACUCACUUCGGCUACUGCUAAGGCUCAAUGCCCUGCUCCGAUUGGUUUGGCUUUAAGGAAAGAGAAUGGAGAAUUUGAGACAUUGGAACUGACACCAUACUCCACACCACCAGAUCUACCAGACGUCAUGAAAUCCCAGGAGACUAAUGGACAGGAACAGAUGGAUCAGCACUAAGCGACACGGAUAACACUUACAGACGAUACGAAUACCAACAGAGUAUCGAAACAAUUUCUUAGUUCUUUAUUUUGAACACAUCGUCGUUUCCGACGGUAUUUACUUAUUUUGCAUUAAAAAAAAAUUGUUAACACUCGAUAGUUUGUUCAAUAUUCAACGAGUAAAAUUGGGUCUAAACUGUUUGAAAUUACAUUGGUCAAGAGGGAGUAAACACUCAAGUUAAGACCAACUAUAUUUUGCAGUUAUGCAUUGCCCUUCAACAGAAACAGACCAUUCGAUAUUUGUUUUAUUAUUAUUAUUAUAUUUUUGUAUCCUUAAUCAUAGUUCGUGAUAAAAAACAGUUGAUUUUAAUUUGUCUCGAUACGGUAAGACACGGUUGAGAAGUCUAUAGUUUAAUAUCGAGAAUGAGAGCUAAUUACAUAAAACAGGGUCUAAUAAGCUACUGGCCAAAAAAUUUAUAAGUACAAUCAUUGUUCAAGCAAUAAUUUUUCAAGUUGCUGUUCAGUAUCUUACCGUAGAGAGACCUGUGUCGUGAUAUUUGUAUUAAUUGCAACAAUGUGUUGCCAGUCUGUACAUUGUAAGAAUAUCACACGGACUGUCGUAGCGGGUAUUACUUGAAGUUUUUUUUUUUUUUUAAUAAAAUAUUAACUCGCGUAUUCUCAAUUUGUAUAUUAUGCUGGUGUAACUUUUAAAAUGCUUAAUUUUUUUGGGUUUUCUUUUCGUGCCUUACUUUUAAACUAAUUCCUUUGAAACUAAUAUGUAAUUUUUAAUAAACCAAUUGUUGUCACAGCUUGAUGCUUACCUACAAUUUUAAAUCCUCAUAAGGCAUAUAUUAUAUCUGUCAUGUUAUCUUUAUAAUGCAUUUUUAUAUAAUCUAUUUGUCAAAUAGUAGCCAUUUUGUCAUUUAAAAUUGGAACACACUAUUUAAAAAGUCACCAGAAUUUAACAGACAUUGAAUUCUCAACAACACUGAAAAAUUCAGUGUGUCUUUUCCAUCCCAUAUGACAUAUUAACACAACUAAGGCCGUACAAUGAACACAAAUGUAAAUUUGUUAUCCAUGUUAAUACUAAUAUUUGGGUUUCAAUAUGCAGUAAUAAAAUCUACUAUAGUAUACAAGAUUUUUACGGAAAUAAAAAGCAGGUACAUUUAUAUAAUUUUAAUUUAUCUUAUUUAAUUUUAUAAAUUAGACAGAGACGACAAACAGGUUAUAUAAAAUUAAAAAUACAUAGUAAAAUAUUAGUCUGUAAAAAUUUCAACCUUUGAAGUAUAAAACACUGAGACACGCUUCUAUUUAUGAAACAAGACUGUCAUGUAUGCGUUGUGUCCUAAAAAUUACAACUGGAACUAGAUUUUUUUUUUCUAUUUUUAACUUUUUAUUGUCAUUGUUUGUAACAGUGCAACACUAGGGCGACGGAUUUGUAAAGAGAUCACGCGCAUAAUGAAAAAAAAACGGUGUUUAUCUGAUAAUAGUUUAGUAUUGACUAUAGGUAAUAGCUAAUUUAAUAGGGUAAUAUAGGGGCUUUUUAUAUUCUAGAAUUGAGAAUAUUCUCAGAUCUUUGUAAAUGUUCAUUGUCGAUGUGGUUCAUUUCAAUGAAAUUAUAGUACCGAUGGUUCCUGAAAAAUUGUUUUACGUUGUAUGUUCUAUUUUUGCUUCUUGAAUUUAACUUUAUUUCAUUUAAUUGCACCUUUUUUAAUGCUUUGUAUAUUUUGUAGCACUUGUACAAAAUAAAUUGUAGAGAUUUGAAUGAGUGCUCAUCCCACCAAGAGAUGGCGCUUGUAAGUGAAUCGUUUGCGGUUUCAUUGUUAUUCUUUCGUUAAAUUAAUUACUGGAGUUCAUCUUACAAUAUGUCCCGCCGUCUAUUCGUUCUGAGCACUAAAUAUAAUUCAAAUUAUUUUAGAAAUGAUCAUUUCGUAGUCACGUCAAUUUUCAUGUAGCUAGCUGAAUAAUAGCUUAAACGUUUUAACAAACCGUUACCAUAUAAAUUUUUCAUUAAAAUAUAUAUAAAAAAAUAAGUUUAUAAAUGGCACUCCUUUGCACUAUACGACUUUAGAAAAUGAAACGUAAAGCUAGAACAUGGUAUAUAUUAUUCUAAGAGUAUAUUAAUUAGAUCUACGAAGCUGCCCUCAACCUUUGACAUAUGAUAAGUUUAAAAGCUUAGGGCCUGUGUACCAGUUGUGGUUAACACUUUGAGGAAUGAUGAUAUACGACAGUUGAAACUUUUUGAUUCAUUAUUUAUUUUUACCAUCGAAUCUUACUAUAUUUAUGAGACGUUUGCAUAUAUUAAUCUUAAAAUUGUAGUUUAUUAAUUGAGGAGGAACAAACAGGUCCUACAGAACUAUUCUACCUCCCACUGUCAUAGUCUAUUUGUAUCGUCAUCCGUCAAAUAGUGUUAUCUACAACUGGUAAAAUAGGCUCUAAGUACAUUAUAACGUUUAAUUACAUCAAAACUCAACAUUAUUUAAAAUUUGUAAAACUGCAUCACUGAAAUUACUGAUAAUUUUAUUAAAUUGUAUAAAGGUAUGUAAUUUCGUCCGUAUUUAUUGAAUAAAGCCGAUAAAACUUUUGUACUUAUCAUAUCUCCAAGUCUAACUCUUUAUUAAUAUUUUAAUAUUAUUUAAAAAUAGUUUAUAUGCUGAUAAUAUUUAAAUCUACUGUGAUGGUAGUACACAGCAAUAAACGGUUUGAUGUCUCGAGCAUACUCUAGUGUACAAUUUGUCUAGAAUUUCCAUUUAGGAUUUUAUAUACAUUAUAGAACAAAUUGUAACGUCAGAUAAUUGUAUAAUUUGAUGUAAUUAGCGAUGAGACUUCAGAUACUAAUGUAGUGUUUCAUUUGCAAGUAUGGGAAUCUAAAAGGAAUCAGCAAGAAUUAAAGCUGUUUUGAUUUAU